AUGCCACUCGUUUUAAUCGUCUCCGUAAUCUUACUUCAAACUUCAGUAAUACGAAGGUAAGAAUAGAUCAUUUGAAAGCGAUUUUGUUAGGAUAUUAUCGGUCACAAAAUUACGCUUUUUCUAAUGCCCUCCUUUUAAGAAAAAUGAUUUUAGAAACGAUUUUCGGUUCCCAAGUAAAUUUAGAAUUGAAAAUUUUCGUAAUUAGAUUGAAUUCCCUUGAAAAACACUGACUCAACCCUUUCCUCUCCUGGACAUCCUUUACAUCUCCUUGAAACGGACACCUAGAGUUUUUCCGGCCAGCCUUGAGCCUGCUUUUUUUUUUUUGUUGUUUGCCUUUUUUGGACUCUAAGAGGAGGUCAUCUUGUUAAAACUGACACUUAGUGUUUUCAGUGAAAUCUUUGUUAGAAUGAUUUUGAACGCAUUGAUGUAUUUCAAUACAAUGAAAAUUGUCAAUCCCUAAUAUACGCUACUUUUUUGUAUAUUUUUCAGGAUAGGUUGAGCUUCCAAUUUUUUAAAUAAUAAUUAUAUUAAUGUCCGGUCACACCUGUUUGCUUAGUUCUGGGUUCACUUAUUGUUUUUUUGCUAAUUUUCCCGUGUCUUUAGUGAAGAAGUUUUAGACGAUGAUGUGCGCAUGCCCGUUGAACGGAAAACAAGAAGCAUUGAUGAAAACUGGCAUAAUACGUAUCACAACCUUGAUGAAGUAAGUGCGAGGGAGGAGAGAGGUUUUGUGAUUCAUUUGAGAUAAAAUGAGUAGGGCUUGUGUUUGAUCGAUCAGCAAAACCCUCGUGCCACAGUCUUGACCAAUCAAGAGUAAAACAAUCGUGCCCUUUUCGCUCGUUUUUGUCUCGUUAAUCAGAUGCCUCUGUCAUUAAGUAGGAAGACGGUAACUAGUAUAAGCAAUUGCUUGGUUCAUUUGAUUGGUUCAUUUGAAUUUCUGCGCGUCGCAUUCUGAUUGGCCAGGAAAUUACGGGAUGCUUUUGCUUCAGUUUACGCACAACUUGAAUGCCUACAAAUUCUAUUUCAAUUUAUCGUCAAGCCAACAUAGUCUGCUAAUGAGGUGAAUGCGAAAUAGAACGUAAUUCACUACGGAGUUAAAUACUUCGGUGCGGCCAGUUUUUGGUAUAGUAUUAGUUUUUAUAAUCAGCUUUGCCAGUCCCCGAUAGAGGAAUGGAGUGGUUCCUAACUUUUCUGAUUGAAUAUUAAAUCGUCUACAAUUUUUUAAAACUAUUGGCUUAAACGUUGAUGAAAUUAAUUCGUAGGUGCAAAUUCAACAAAUUUUAGUUAAAGGUUAAUUUGAUUUUACUUCACAGAUCGUGGAAAAGUUGAAAGAGAUGAACCGCACGUACGACAAUGCUGAUUUGUUUUCGCUUGGAAAGUCCCAUGAGGGAAGGCAAAUGUAUGCAAUAAAAGUAUGUACAUCUUUGAACUCUAAUACUCACACCUAGCUACGGAUAAGGAAAAUAAAAUGGAUUAUACGUUCCUGGGAAACUUCCCACCUACCCCUCCCCUAAGCCAACAUUAUAACAACAUGCAUGCACACUUACUUCUCACUUACGGCAAAAUGUUAGCUUAGGGGAGAGGUGGGUGGUAAGUUUCCCAGAAACGUAUAAUGGUCCAAAAUAAUUUCUCACCCCCUAGAGCAAGGUAAUCCAAGACAGUCUUAGAAUCUUAUUGGUUGUUAGUAAACCCAGUAACGGCGUAACGGGUAACGGCCGAAACAGCGGCGUAAAGAGGUAUAUUUUCUUUCUUUUUUCCUUUAAAUCCGAUUUUUUCAAUUCAGUGUUGAAGCAAUUGAAACUCCAGCUUGUUUGAGCCAUUUUGGCGAAUAGCAUUGGAGUUUUUCUGAGACACUGGAACUGAUAUUACUUGCCUCGUGAGACUGCACGAAUCUGGGAGGUCAAUUAUUGUUACGUCGUUACCCAUUACACCGUUACGAGAUUUACUAUGACAACCUUCCGAAUCACUUGUCAGUGGAUUCAAUCGUUAGUGGGAUUCCGGAUUCCUUAGGCUAAAUUCCGGAUUCCAAAGCCCAGGAUUCCGGAUUCUACAGGCAGAAUUUUUUUUUAUUUUGGAAUCCAGAUUAUCUCACACGGGGCAAAACUUUUAAAAUAAUUUUUUUAAAGCUGCUAAGCCUUUUAUGUUAACCUGGCCAUGUUGUGCUCUUCUAUGAUGAAAGGUUAUCAGCAAGAGAGAAUGAGCUAAGAGAUCGAAUUCCCCAUACAUGACCCUCUUUCCGUCAUGAAAAUUAUUUUUGAUCUAUUCUUAGCUCUGUGUCAUACUGCGUAGUUAUUUUAAGGACGCCACCUUAUUGGUCGGUUAGACUGGCGUUAUCAUGUAAUUUUAAACUUGGCAGGUAAUUUAUUUCACUGCCGAUGACGCAAAUGCAGCAAGCGACUUGACGUGUAAACUUGGUAUUACUUUCGCCGACAAGUCAAACUGAGAUUUCUAGGAAGAAAAUCUGGCCAGAGUAGUCAGAGUAGCUGCGGACGAUCAAAAGGGUCCUGGCUUGCGGCAGUUCGCUGGAGAAGCCGUUCCGACUCGAAGGAAAUAAGUCAUACGCUCUUGUUAUAAGAUACUACAGUGUAGAAAAUGACGCAAGUUAAUUAUAGAAGUAAGGGGUCUUUGUGAAUUCUAGCUAAUAAUUAAUCUGUCUUGAAAUUCAAGAUUUCAGGUAAAAAGACAGCAAACAAACCAGUGUUGUUCAUGCAAUGUCUGAUCCACGGUAAUGAAUGGAUAACUGGCUCCCUGUGUAUGUAUCUCGCUGACAAGGUAACGUGCUUUUAAGAACUAGUAAUUAAAAUAACAUGCUUACACCCAUUACCAUUUUCACUGGUCGCUGUGUAUUUUAUACUCUUUCAAUAUCGAGACCACUGGUCCAAAUGUUCAUCAGAGAUGCCAAUUUUUGGUAGUGUUGUUGGUUAACAAACUAUAGUUUGUAGCAGACCCAAACGUUAGAGCUUUCUAAUACAAGCUUGAGUACAAUAGGACUUUUUCAAAAAUACCAUAAUAAUCUUUGUUGUCCCUCCAAAAUUUUGCAUAAGCAUUGUCUUCAAUUUCUCUUGGUCAGGGUUGGGGAGUAGGCCGAGCUGGAAGUGACUGUGAAAGACGACUGGGGACGAGUCAGUGGCAGCCCGUAAUGCAAAGCGCUCGAUCUGGACGAUCUUACGGGAAAAUAGGGGAGUCUAGUCUCAAAGAUCACGUGCAAAGAAUCUAAGAAAAGCGUGAACCUCCUUUAACAAUUUAUGCACUGUUUUUACGUGACGUCAAAGCGGCGGCCAUAAUGGUCUCCGAAAUUAAUAUCAAUCUUGCCGGAUCUGUGGAAGUUAAACUUAUCUUUUGUUCUGUUAAUUUAUUAUAGCUGUUUGCCCAAAGAGAGAAAACGCCCUAUUUGGACUAGAUCUUUCGCUACCUUUAGAGCAGAGUGAACCAAAAACAACAGGGCUAUCUGCGAAAAGUUGAACAUUGUAUCCUUUCUCAUUAUCCGUUUUUGUUUUAGAUUUCAUCGCAAUAUGGACUGAUGUCCACAGUGACUGAGAUGUUAGACAAAAUGGAUGUGGUUAUUUUACCCGUUAUGAAUGUGGAUGGAUACUAUUACUCUCGCAAACACAGCUCUGUAAGAAAGUUCUUUAUUUUACUUUAAGAAAGGAAACAAGUUACGAUUUUUAUAACCCCCUGUGAGAGAAUCCAAGACAGUCAAUUGGUCUCUCUCUUUGAAAAACAGGUGCCAAGGGUAAUGACAUCAUUACUAAUAUCAUCUCCGCCAAUCAGCAUUUCGCAUCGACACUUUCGAUGGAGAUCGAUAUUCAAAUUCCAGAGACGUAGUUGCAAGCUCUCCUUCCUUUUCCCGCCACGCCGACAGAGCGCCCCGGCGAGCUUGUUCGCAGGCUAUCCUGGUACUGGAUCCCUGUCUUUGUUAAUACACUGUUGUUGAAUGAGAAUAUUCCUCUAUGAUGCGAUCCAAAUAUGGAGGACGAAGUGGUACAUACCCACCCGACUCCCAGACAAGCACUAACAACUGGGCUCGUCACGCAUAAAGAUGAGGAGAAAGUUCACCAAGAUUUUUAGACUAUCAAAAUUAACCUUCACUUUUUUUUCUGUAGAACUCGUUUGCACGCAACUGGCCAAAAAAUAGAAAUAUUCUAUGCAUAAGGGGCAGAUGCUUUAGACAAGGUGUGGAUCUCGACAGAAACUUUGGCUAUGCCUGGGGAUGUAAGUGCUGGAUUUGUUGCUGUUAAUGCAAGUUAGAAAAAUAAAGUUGAUGGUAUAAAACAGAAGGUAUUCCGUCCUUGCUAUUUCGUGAACGUCAACAGAGUUGCGAACCCUUGCAAACCACGGGGAUCGAAGCUCAGUUGUUUUCUUUACACAGGCAGGCUAAGGUAAGAAAGUCUGCUACACAGCCUAUCUUUUUUACAAGAGGAGGAGCGUUGCGUGACGACACAAAGAAAGGCUGUGUAGCAGAUGUCUAAAGGUAACAAAGUUAUCCACUCUUUUCUAACAGAUAUAAACCCAUCGCACCCAGAGACACAGGAACCUAAGAGUAACAUUUACAGAGGGAAUCAUGCGUUUUCUGAACCUGAGACAAGAAAUGUCCGAGGCUACUUGCAAAGUCUUGGUGGCAAGUUGAAAGGCUUCCUUGACUUCCAAGAUCGUGGAAGGCGACAAUGGCAGAUGCCAUGGAGAUACACUUUUACCAGCAGCCCAGACCACGAUAUUCAGGUACAACUAAACUUUAACCCUCUUCAGAUCAGACAAGGGGACUUUUGAGCACCCAAACUUCUCCCACCCCCCGCCCCCCCCGCCCCCUCACGAAAAAGUUGAAUAUAUAAAGUAAUUCAAAAUGAUGGAUCCAAGAUGGCGGAUUGUUCCAGUUCCUUAUUUAAUGUUUUGAUAAAUGACGUCACUGUUAUUGUUAAAGAUUAUUUUAUGUGCUAGGCAACACCUUAAUUUUAUAAGACAAUACUUUUUGACUCUUGUUCAAUUUAUGGCUAUUUUGAGGGAAAUGCACCCUGGGUGCCAGAGACUCUUCUAGCGCGGUUUCCGGUUUCUGUCAAGGCUUCGGCCUACGGUCGAAGAUGUGUCGGCCUUCGGCCAACACCGAAAAUUCCUCGCCGCAAGCGAGAAAAACCUCUGGUACCCGGGAUAAGGGAAAUGUGGAUUUUGCCAAUAAUUUCAACAAUAUGACGUCAUAAUGACGGCAAUUACGUCAUUAUAUCAAUCAGAUUUUCUCCUGGGGGCACUCCCUAUAACGGCUCAUACAGAAAAGCUCUGCCCAAAAGGGGUACCUUCUUCCAUGCUUCAGGUAUAUUGAAGGGUAAGGAUUUCAUCAGAUGAAGUACAUAAAAGGGUAAGGAAAUCGGUCCUUGCGGUCUAUAAACGGACCUAAAAAGGGUUAACCGACGCAUUUUAAUACUGUGAAAAAGAUAAAAAAAGCCUUUCUGACUUAGUGAUUCCUUCAUGAUUAAAAGACGGUGCAUUUUCAGCAGUUAAAGGAGGGAUGCAGCGCUCUAAAAUUGUAUUUUAAAGGAGUACCAUUUGUCAAUAAAAUGUAUACGAAAGGGGUACCAUUUCUCUCAAAAAUGGUGAGUAAAAGGGUAAGGGGUUUGACCUUGGGGAGGAGCCUUCUCUUAUAAAAUUUUGUUGAGCACUCCCCUCACGAGCGUUUCCGAAUUAUCUCUUUUCUUCCUUGAUUUAUCAUUAAUAAAAACUCAUAUAUUCUAUUCACAGAAGAAAGCUGGUUUAGAGGCUGCCAAAGCUAUUUAUAAAGUGGGUUACCGUCAUGCAUAUCAGAGUUGUUGUCAAGCAAGUUUCCGCGAUGGAGGUACUCCUUUACAUCAUAAUCUCCUAAUAUGUAUCUAGCCGAUUUUUCGAAAACCAACCUAACAAAAUUUGCAGUCAUUUCAGAAAAAAAGUCGCCAAAAGGCAGGUUUCUUAAGUUCGAGAAACUCCAAAAUCACAGAAACGAACAAACAACAACAACUUCAUUCUUUGGACAAAAAUACAAAAGUUGAAUAGUUUGUCCCGCAAAUAGCUGGAAAGCUAGUAGUGGCGGGGCACUGACAAGCACAUCAACAGAAAAAGAAAGCAAGACACGAAGGAAAAGGAAAGGAAAAAGAGAAAGAGCGAGGAGAAGGAAAGGAGGAGAAGAUCGAGAAAAAAGUAAUGGCUGCACUCUUAGUUUUUAUAAUAGCUACUUUGGAGAAAAACUGUUGGAUCGACGGAAAAGGCCCGUUUGGCGAUAACCGGUCUUAAAAAGUGACUUGACCGAAACCGGAAACUGCGCAUGAAAAGUCUCUGGCACCCAGGGUAGUUAACAUGACAGGGGCACCCAACGACAAUUUUCGGAAAAAUAUCUGUUCGGAAGACGAUUUAAGAUCUAGAAUUUUCGGAACAUUUGUUGUAAAAUUUCUUGCUUGCCUGCCUCUCCUAGGAUUUUCGGACAUCUAAAAAAAGGUACAAUUGCCUAUUUUUAACGGAUUUUUACCCUAAAAAGGUCACCUAGAAUUUUCGGGAGCCUUUUUUCUGGCUAAAAUUUUCGAAAAGGUAAGUUUUGAUCCCUAUAAUUUUCGGAUCACUUGACUUUCAGGGGAUAAAAAUAUGCCUAUAUCUACCGUUUAAAUACUAAAAUACGUUUAACAAUUCUAAGUUUAAGUGGUUUUGAACUAUAUUCUCGUUGGGUGCCCCUGACAUGAUGAGCCUGACAGGACCUUUUGCGAUUUCCAUGCAAUGCGUAGUUCAUUAUUUGCCGAAAGAAAUUACCUCAGUCUUCACUUUUUAACUAUUUUUAGCUUUGUGGUACUCUUAACUAGUAAACAACUCGUUUCCAUUUAGAUCAGCGUAUAUGUGAUCUAUUCACUAUACAAUUAUUACGGCAUCUACAAAAUCCCGAUUCUCUCAGCCACAAAAUAAUUUAACCUACAGCACUUUAUAACUUUUGUCCGCCAACACAACAUUCUCGCUAAAACUCGUAGGAGAAUGACGACGGUUACCACGUUUUCCCGCCAAAAUGACGCUAGUUCACACGCAAGCACUACUUAGCAUUGAGGAAAUCCCUUACUCGUAGUCGUACUCAUCUUAGAAUCUAAAGCUCUCUAAUUUAUAGCGGCUACAACGGUUAUAUGUACAUGGAUGAAUUUUUUUUUUAUACCUUUCAGGCCCAGCAGGUGGAGGAAGUGUUGACUGGGUGUACGACCAGCUCGGUGUGAAAUAUUCCUACGCUGUGUCCAUGCAAGAUCGGAGUGGAAGGGGGGAGCGGUUUGUUUACGUUGGAAAAGGAUUGCUCGAAGGAGUAAAGGCAUUUGUUAAAGCAAUGCAAUUGUAA